AUGAGGUUGAUACCACUUCUCACCCUAUUCGUCGCCUUCCUGGCACCGCUGGCAUCCGCCGUCAGGUACCUCGAAUCCAAUGCGCUCAACGUUUGUAUGGAGAGUAGCAAUUUCACAGCCACCUACUUCAACGUCAUUUUCUACCCUGGAAACAACACGCUCACCAUCAGCUUCGAUGGUGUUUCAUACAUCUCCGGCAAGGUCGAGGCGGAGAUGACUCUGACGGCUUAUGGCUACAAGGCUUACUCGAGCACCAUCGACCCUUGCUCAAUUUCGGGCAUGGGCAUGUGUCCGAUGUCCCCCGGUCCCAUUGACCUGGGCCCUGUUUCGCUCUCUCUCCCCGACGGCACGUCCGAUCAGGUCCCAGGUAUCGCCUACACCGUCCCCGAUCUCGAUGCGAAUGUCCAGAUCGUCAUCAAGACGAAAAGCACGGGCGAGAAGAUUGCCUGUGUGGAGGCAUCGCUUUCCAACGGUAAGACGGUUUACCAGUUAGGUGUUGCAUGGACGACUGCCAUCAUCUCCGGCUUGGGUCUUGCAGCCUCUGCCAUUACCUCCGGCUUGGGUCACUCCAAUACCGCUGCUCACGUGGCAGCAAAUGCUCUCUCACUCUUCGGCUUCAUGCAAUCGCAGGCCAUAAUUGGCAUGACCUCAGUUCAUAUGCCGCCAAUUGUUGAAGCGUGGACCCAGAACUUCCAGUGGAGUAUGGGUAUCAUCCAUGUUGGCUUUUUGCAAACGAUCUGCACUUGGUAUCAACGUGCGACAGGCGGUACGCCUUCGACGGUCUUGUCCGAGCUGAGUGACACUUCGGUCGAAGUGCUGAGACGCCGUAAGCGUGAUGUGGUCGACCCGGCAGUUUCGCUCAUGCGGCGAGGGAUGUCCGCUCUCUCGAAACGUGCAUCCUCCACCCAGCAGCUCGAGGUCGUCCGAGGUAUCAACCGUGUUGGCUUCAAGGCCAACAUUGAAGAGACCAACAUUUUUUUGACAGGUCUCAUUUUCUUCGUCGUUUUCGUCUGCAUCGUUAUCAUCAUCGUCGCCUCCUUCAAGGGCAUCUGCGAGUUACUAGUGAAGCAUGGCAAGAUGAAGAGUGACAAGUUUCAAGACUUCCGUAACGGAUGGAAAGUCGUCACUCGCGGCAUUCUGUUCCGACUGACUCUGAUCGGUUUCCCCCAAAUGUGUGUCCUUUGCCUGUGGGAAUUCACCCGGCGUGACUCGGCCGCGGAGGUCGUUCUCGCCGUGGCCAUGAUCCUGUCUCUCCUUGUCGCGUUGGGCUGGGCCGCCCAGAAGGUCAUUCGCUUGGCCAAGCGUUCGGUUACCAUGCACAAGAAUCCGGCUUACAUCCUUUAUUCCGAUCCGUCCUGCCUGAACAAAUGGGGCUUCCUCUAUGUCCAGUACCGAGCUACCGCAUACUACUUUGUGGUGCCUUAUCUGGUCUACGUUCUCAUCAAGGGUAUGUUCAUCGGUCUUAGCCAGGAAGCCCCUGUCGUUCAGACCGUGGCCCUGGUUAUCCUGGAGGCUGCUAUGUUGGUCGGUGUCUGUGUGCUGCGUCCGUGGAUGGACAAGAAGACCAAUAUCUACAACAUCUCGAUUGCUGUGGUCAACUUCCUCAACGUCAUUUUCCUCCUCGUAUUUUCUGAUGUCUUCAACCCGCCAGGCAUGAUGAUUGGUGUCAUGGGCGUGGUCUUUUUCGUGUACAAUGCUGUUUUCGCGACUGUUCUGCUCAUUCUUGUCCUGAUUGCCUCUGGUUACGCCAUAUUUUCGAAGAAUCCGGAUACCCGCUAUCAACCGAUGCGCGAUGACCGUGGCUCUUUCAUCAAGUCGCAAACUCAGCUUACUACCGAGCUGGAUGCGCUUGGUGCCACUGCCCGCGGUGAUGUCAAGUCAGGCCAAUAUCACCAGAACCCGUUCGAUGAUGACUCGGCUUCUAUCUCUAGUGGAAAUGGUGCCACGCUUGGCCACCACCACAACAAUUUGGAUGCAGCCAAUGCUCCUCACAAUAUGGCUCGUGGGCCGCCCUCGCCUGUCGACCCAUCAGUACCUCUCUUCCCCAGCAAUGCCUCCGCCAACCGUGGCCCCCCCUCCAGGAUACGAUAA